CUCACAAAACAUUGAAUGUACACAUAUGCAUGCACAUGAACACAUGAUAGUAAAUCCCAAUUUAACUCAAUCCAAAUCGAUUGUCAAAAAUAACGUUUGUUAAAUCUUGAAAAUUGAAUAGAAAGAAUCAAACCAACCCCCCUCAAAGAAAAAAAUAAAAAGGGAAAUCUAAAUUAAAAAAUUAAAACAAUGGGAAAGAUUGAAAUUGUAUACAGAACAACACCAUGUUGCUAUAAUUUCUUAAUCACUACUUUACUUUCUACAAAUUCUAUUCUUGUUUGUAAUUACUGUUGUUUCUCUCUCUAUCUAUUUCGUACUAUUUUAAUUUCUGUGUAUAUGUAUAUACCCGAUAUAAAUUCUAUAAUUUAUAUAUUUAUCAUCAUAUGAGAUGUUAGAUUCCUCUAAUUUGACUUGUUGGUUUCUUGGUUAUUGGUUUCUUUGGUUAUACGAUAGAUAAAAGAGAUAAAGUUUGCAUCUUUCUCUGUUACAAGCCUUAAGAUUUGAUUUUUGAGGGUUUCGAGAUCCGUUGAAUUGGUUGAUUUGGUGAUUGAUCUGUGAUGGAUAGUGGGUCUGAUGGAGAAAGCAAUAAAAACAGUGGUCAAGUUGAGGGUUUCAAGAAGCCUAAACGCCAGAUGAAAACCCCUUUUCAAUUGGAAACUCUUGAGAGGACUUAUGCUGCUGAGAUGUACCCAUCUGAGGCGAUAAGGGCUGAACUCUCUGUGAGAUUGGGAUUGACGGAUAGGCAACUGCAGAUGUGGUUUUGCCAUAGAAGAUUGAAGGAUAAGAAGGAAGGGUCAGGGUCGGGGAAGAAGACUCCAGCAGCUGCAGUGGGUAACAAGGGGAUGAUUAGUUCAUCUAGAGAUAUAGUAAAGAUGGAAGAGCAAGGUAGUGAUGGAGGGUUUGGGUCUAUGUCUAGGUCAAGAUCAGGGUCAGGGUCAGGGCCAGGGUCAGGGCCAGGAUCUGAUUCGAGUCAGUAUGACGAUGAUUUGCCAUUGGUGCGGAGGAGUUACGUAAUGUCUCCACAGGAAGCGAUGAUGCAGAGAGUUAUUGCAUGCGUUGAGGGGCAACUGGGUGAGCCAUUAAGGGAAGAUGGCCCAGUCCUUGGCAUGGAAUUUGACGAAGUUCCUCCUGGUGCAUUUGGGGAGCCUAUAAGUGCCGCAGCAGUAAUUACGGAACCUUGGGGACGUUCUGGGAAUUUUUAUGAGGGCAAGAUGGUCGAGAGAUCUAAACCCAAAAAAAUUAAAGCUGCGGAUAGAAGUUUUUCCGAACCUGCUGAACCUAGUUCCAGACCUGAUUCGUAUGGAAGAAGCCCAUCUCACUUCUAUAUUUUGCCUGCUGAUGUUUCUAAUGUGAAAAGAUCACCCCUCAUGCAAGGCUCUGGACAAUUGUCUAGGGAAUAUGGUGCUCAAGUGCCAUCAUCCAGUUAUAGUUCGUUAAAUCACAAAGUAGUUCAAGAACAAUUUUCUUCACCUCCAAAUAAUAAUGAAUCUAUUCUAAAAACAGAAGAUGUAUAUCAAAUAGGACAGAAGCGCAAGAGUGAUGAAGUUCGAACCGGAAAAGAUGUUGCCCAUGAGAAAAGGAUUCGCAAGGAACUUGAGAAACAAGAUCUGUUAAGGCGAAAGAGGGAAGAGCUAAUGAGGAAAGAAAUGGAAAGGCAAGAGCGUGAAAGGAAGAAGGAAGAAGAGAGAAUGAUGCGAGAAAAGAUGCGGAUGGAGGAGAAAUAUCAGCGCGAGGAAAAACGUGAAAUUGAAAGGAGGGAGAAAUUUUUGCAGAGGGAGCUUUUGAAAGCUGAAAGAAUGAGACAAAAGGAAGAGCUUCGCAGAGAGAGAGAAGCAGCGAAACAAAAAGCAGCUAUGGAGAAGGCAGCGUUACGCAGAGUUGCCAAAGAAUCAUUGGAGCUGAUUGAGGAUGAACGUCUGGAAUUGAUGGAAUUGGCUGCUUCAAGCAAAGGAUUACCUUCAAUUAUUUCCCUUGAUUAUGAUACUUUGCAGAACCUGGAAUCAUUUAGAGAUUCUUUAUGUGCAUUCCCUCCUAAGGAUGUGCAACUGAAAAAACCGUUCUCAAUACAACCCUGGAUUGAUUCAGAGGACAACAUUGGUAACCUUCUUAUGGUUUGGAGAUUCUGUGUCACCUUUUCUGAUGUUCUUGGUCUUUGGCCCUUCACUCUAGAUGAAUUUAUUCAAGCACUACAUGAUUACGAUUCGAGGUUGUUGGCUGAGAUACACAUUGCUCUACUAAAUCUAAUUAUAAAAGAUAUUGAGGAGGGUGCAAGGACUCCAAGCGGCGGAGCAGGAACUAAUCAAUAUACUGUUGCUAAUCCUGAAGGUGGACAUCCUCAUAUUGUCGAGGGGGCAUUUUUGUGGGGUUUUGAUAUACGCAGCUGGCAGAAGCACUUAAACCCAUUGACCUGGCCUGAAAUUUUGCGGCAAUUUGCACUCUCAGCCGGAUUUGGGCCACAACUGAGGAAGGAGAGUACUGAACCAAAGCACAUGCAUGACAAUGAGGUCAAAAGUUGUGAAGAUAUAGUUUCUAUGCUACGCAAUGGUUCAGCUGUAGAAAAUGCAGUUGCUGUAAUGCAAGAAAAAGGAUCGUCUCUCCAGCGCAGAUCGAGGCAUCGAUUAACCCCCGGGACAGUGAAAUUUGCUGCUUACCAUGUUCUUUGUCUUGAGGGUGGUAAGGGACAAACAGUACUAGAACUUGCAGAAAAGAUUCAGAAAUCUGGUCUACGUGAUCUAUCAACAAGCAAGACACCAGAUGCCUCUAUUUCUGUUGCUUUAUCCAGGGACCCAGUUCUCUUUGAGAGAAUUGCUCCUUCAACUUACUGUGUUCGACCUGCUUUUAGGAAGGAUCCUGCUAAUGCAGAGGAAAUACUUGCAGAAGCUAGGGAAAAGAUACAGAAGUUUUCUAAUGGCCUUUUAGCAGAGGAAACUGCUGAUGAUGUUGAGAAAGAUGAUGAUUCUGAAUCUGAUGUUGCUGAGGGUCCCGAAUUUGAUGAAUUGAGUACUCUGUCCAAUGUAAAUAAAGACGGUGGUCUCUAUGAAGUUGGCUCUUUGUCAGGAAAUGCAGUUGAUAUUUCUUGUAAUGCUGUGUCAUCAGAUCUGCAAAAUGACCUUGAUGUUCCUGGUAAUCCUAUGGAUAAAAUAUAUAAUUCUGGCAAAGAUGUGGCUUCAAGUGAUCCUGCUCAAGGAGUUGCAGAGAUUGAUGAAAGCAAAUCUGGGGAGGAAUGGGUCCAGGGACUUAGUGAAGGAGAGUAUUGUGUUCUCUGUGUUGAGGACCGUCUUAGUGCCCUUGUUGCUAUAAUUAGUGUUGUGAAUGAAGGGAACAUUAUUCGUGCAGUUCUAGAGGAUCGUCUAGAUGCAGCAAAUGCUCUUAGAAAGCAAAUGUGGGCCGAAGCACAACUAGAUAAAAGACGCUUAAAAGAUGAAAAUUUGAGUAAAUUUCAUGAUCCUUGCUUAACUGAUGCAGCUGAUGGCAGCUACAGUCCAUCAGGAGUUCCUGAAAAUAAGAAUAUUGAAGUUGCUCUUGACACUGCAAUUAAAGAAGAGCCUUUUGUCGGUCUAGACAAUAUCAGGAAGGAACAUAAUAAUCUUUGUGGCACGAAUUAUGAGAGGAAUCUAGUGGUAGAAAAUACCUCCAUGAAUCAGAAUACUCCCACAGUUCAGCAUAAUGGGUCUACAUCGGAAAGGUCAAGGUUACAGUUGAAAUCUUUUAUUGGUCACAGAGCAGAAGAAAUGCACGUGUACAGAUCUUUGCCUCUUGGUCAAGAUCGAAGGCAUAAUCGUUACUGGCAAUUUGUUGCAUCUGCUUCUAGACAUGAUCCUGGUUCUGGUAGAAUCUUUGUUGAAUUACGUGAUGGUGGUUGGAGGAUGAUUGAUUCUGAAGAGGCAUUCAAUUCUCUUUUGGUUUCUUUGGAUACACGUGGAAUAAGGGAAUCACACUUGCACAUAAUGCUUCAACAUUCCCAGACUUCUUUCAAGGAGAACUUGAGAAGGAAUUUGCAGCUGUUUGAUAUUGUUGGUAAUGCCAAAAACAGUACUGAAAAUCAAGUGACUGAAAUGGAUUAUUGUUCUGGUUAUCUUGCUGGCCACAGAAGUCCUAGAAGUGCUGCAUGUGAUUCGCGUACUGCUUUGUCAGAAUCGUCUAUAUCCUUUAGAAUUGACGUUGGGAAGAAUGAAAUUGAGAAAUUAAAUGCCUACAAGAGAUAUCAAGUGUUAAAGUCUUGGGUGUGGAAGGAGUGCAUCAAUUCAAUGAACCUAAAUGCUAGGACAAGUCGAAGAAAAGGCUAUAUGCCUCUUUUGGGAAUUUGUGAUUUCUGUUUCGACACAUUUCUUUUUGAAGAUAAUAGGUGUCCUUCUUGCCAGAGGACAUUUAGUAUUACAGGCGAGGGGUUGAAUUAUUCAGCAUCUUUGAUCCAAUGUGAAGAGCAGUGGCAAGUAAACCCCAGUAAGCCAAUUGCUUUGGAUUCUUCUUUCCCUCAAAUCAGACUAAUCAAGGCUCUCUUGUCUUUCAUCGAGGUUUCUAUUCCACCUGAGGCUUUUCAAUCUUCCUGGACAUGCGACCGUAGAAGUACUUGGGGGAAAAAGCUGCAGAAUGCAUCUUCUGUAGGGGAUUUGCUUCAGAUUCUAACUCAAUUGGAGGGUGUAAUAAAGCAAGAUUAUUUAUCAUCAAAUUACGAGACAACGGCCGAAUUGCUUGGUUUCUGUACUUUAUCAGGAAAGGCAGCCAAGGAGUCUGAUCCUGAACUUGUUCCACAACUUCCUUGGAUACCUCAAACUACUGCUGCUGUAGCUUUGCGGCUUUUAGAGCUUGAUUCCUCCAUUUUCUACACUCCACUUCAGAAAGCUGCCGAGACUAAUAGUGUCACAGAAGCUGGGAAUUUUACAAAGCUUUCGUCAAGGUCUACUUUUUUGAAGGAUGUUCGAAAGGCUGAAUCAACACAGGUACCACAGUCUGGUUCCGGGAAGCAGGUGAUUCGUGGUCGUGGUGGUGCUCGUCCUCGUGGAAAGUCUCAGAAAAAGGUUCCGGGUUCAAGAUCAGGAUCUGGCAAGCAAAGUAUAAAAGUGAAGAAACCAUUGACUCAAAUUCUUAUGCAGCCGGGAGAAAACAUGCUUGUACAGAGACAUAAACAUGGACAGGUGCAGGAACAGGGACAGAAUCAUAAACGUGGUCCCCGCACAGUGAGGAGGAGACGUGAGAGUAGAACUGAGGACAUGGUGCUUGGUAAUUUUGGUGGCCACAGUAGUUUUGUCAUCAAGGAAACACCAAGAAACUUCAAUGAGAGGGAAUGGAUUAGUGAAGAAAUGCGGUCAAUGCAAAAUGAGCAUCCUGAUAAUAAUACUACAGAAGAAAGUGAAUCCGAUGACAAUGCCGACACAACUGGGUACAGGGAGCAGAGAUGGGAACCUAAGUAUAAUGUAGCGGCUCACCCAAGUACAUGGGAUCCGGUGGAAAUGAGUGAUGAGGAUGCAUAUGACGCUGUUAAUGAUUUUGUAGAAGACGACGACAAUAUGGAGCAAGAUAUAGAUAUGAAUUACGGCUCAGUCAGAAAUAACUUGGAUGAUGAUGUAGAUAUGAAUGAUGGCUUAGUCGGAAACAACGAUGAAGAGAGCUUUGAAACCUCUGGAGAAGACUAUAGUGACUGAAGUACAAAAUGUUGUAUGACCAAAAGUAAAGUUUUCGGGUAACUUUGAGUUAGUAGCUAUCCUUUUUUAUUUUUUUAUUUAAAGUUACAUAUUAUAGAAGUGCAGCUGCAUUAAGUGGUUGUUCUUUUGUGUAUAAUCAUAGAGUUAGGUUUUUGAUUCUUGAUCCUUUCAGUGUAAUAGAGGAAAUAGAUUGGCUCAUGAGGGAAAAAAAAGAGAAAGAAUGUGCCAGUUAAAUUAGAGCAUAAUUGUUCGUGUAAAAUUAUUGCUGUAAUUGCCUAUGCAAUUUGGAGUACCCCUCCUACGCCAUUGAAGAAGUUAAUUUAUAUUUUAUAUUAACCUCUUAAUUCUUGCGUGACAA